GAGGCCAUGCCGGGCCGGGCCGAGGCUGGGGAAGCCGAGGAGGAGGCCGGGGCCGGCUCGGGGUCCGAGGCGGAGGAGGAUGCGCUGUGGGAGCGUAUCGAGGGCGUCCGGCACAAGCUGACGCGCGCCCUGAACCCUGCCAAGCUCACGCCGUAUUUGCGCCAGUGCCGGGUCAUCGACGAGCAGGACGAGGAGGAGGUCCUGAGCACCUACCGCUUCCCGUGCCGUGUCAACCGCACCGGGCGCCUGAUGGACAUCCUGCGCUGCCGUGGCAAGAGGGGCUAUGAGGCCUUUCUGGAAGCCCUGGAGUUCUACUACCCUGAGCACUUCACGCUGCUCACGGGCCAGGAAGCCGCCCAGCGCUGCUCCAUGAUCCUCGAUGAGGAGGGGCCUGAGGGCUUGACCCAGUUCCUAAUGACGGAGGUGCGGCGGCUGCGGGAGGCUCGCAAGAACCAGCUGCAGCGGGAGCAGCAGCUGCAGGCCCGGGGCCGGGUGCUAGAGGAGGAGCGGGCAGGGCUGGAGCAGCGGCUGCGGGAGCAGCAGCAGGCCCAGGAGCGCUGCCAGCGGCUGCGGGAGGAUUGGGAGGCGGGCAGCCUAGAGCUGCUGCGGCUCAAGGAUGAGAACUACAUGAUCGCCAUGCGCCUGGCACAGCUUAGCGAGGAGAAGAACUCAGCCGUGCUGCGCAGCCGCGACCUACAGCUGCUGGUGGAUCAGCUCAAGCUCAAGGUGAGCCGGCUGGAGGAGGAGUGUACCCUGCUGCGAAGGGCCAGGGGGCUGCUCCCAGGGGCGGAGGAGAAGGAAAAGGAGAAGGAGCCAGAUAGCACGGACCUUGUCUCCGAGCUGCAAGCCGAGAACCAGCGGCUGACGGCGUCACUGCAGGAGCUGCAGGAGGGCCUGCAGCAGGAGAUGAGCCGGCCGGGGGCCCCAGGCUCGGAGCGUAUCCUCCUGGACAUCUUGGAGCACGACUGGCAGGAGGCACAGGACAGCAGGCAGGAGCUGUGCCAGAAGCUACAUGACGUGCAGGACGAGCUGCACUGGGCAGAGGCGCUGCGGGACAAGUACCUGCAGGAGAUGGAGGACCUGCGACUGAAACACCGCACACUGCAGAAGGACUGUGACCUGUAUAAGCACCGCAUGGCCACUGUACUGGCCCAGCUGGAGGAGAUUGAGAAGGAGCGGGACCAGGCCAUCCAGAGCCGGGACCGGAUCCAGCUGCAGUACUCACAGAGCCUCAUCGAGAAGGAUCAGUACCGCAAGCAGGUGCGGGGCCUGGAGGCUGAGCGGGACGAACUGCUGACCACACUCACCAGCCUGGAGGGCACCAAGGCCCUGCUGGAAGCACAGCUGCAGCGGGCCCAGGGAGGCUCCUGCCUCAAGGCCUGUGCCUCCUCCCACUCCCUGUGCUCCAACCUCAGCAGCACCUGGAGCCUGAGCGAGUUCCCCUCCCUGCUGGGGGGCUCAGACACAACGGGGGAGGUAGCUGUCGCAGGGGGAUCUGAGCCCCAUACCUCGGAAGAGGCCACAGACAGCGAGAAGGAGAUCAACCGGCUCUCCAUCCUGCCCUUCCCUCCCAGCGCUGGCUCCAUUCUCCGCCGGCAGCGUGAGGAAGACCCCGCACUUGCUAAGAGGUCCUUCAGCAGCAUGUCAGACAUCACAGGGAGUGUGACGCUUAAGCCUUGGUCCCCCGGCCUAUCCUCGUCCUCGUCCUCUGACAGCGUGUGGCCUUUGGGCAAGCCGGAUGGACUCCUGGUCCGGGGCUGUGGCCUGGACUUCUUCAACAGGUCGCUGGCUGUCCGAUUGUCUGGCUGGAGCCCCCCAGGGGGCCCUGAGCCCCAAGACAAGAGCCCAGACGGCCUUUCGUUCCUUGGGGACAGCUGGUCUGGGGCCGUGAGGCGGCGGGUGCUCUCUGGGCCGGGGUCUGCCCGGGCAGAACCCCGAGAGCCAAGGGCUGAAGCUGCUGGCCUGGAAGGGUCAUGCCUGGAUGCGGAGGUCCAGCAGAGACCCUCGCCCUGGAGCCAGGUGUCCACACACCCCUUCCUGGUGGAUUCCAAGGCCUGCCAGUCCUUCCACGAGGCCCUAGAUGCCUGGGCAAAGGGGCCGGGCACUGAGCCCUUCUACAUUCGAGCCAACCUCACUCUGCCUGAGCGGGCAGACCCCCAUGCCCUGUGCGUGAAAGCCCAGGAGAUCCUGCGGCUGUUGGACCCGGCGUACAAGCGGCGGCAGGAGUGGUUCUGUAUACGGGUUGACCCCCUCACACUACGGGACCUGGACCGAGGCACUGUGCCCAAUUAUCAGAGAGCCCAGCAGCUCCUGGAAGUUCAGGAAAAAUGCUUGCCCUCCAGCCGGCACCGAGGUCCCCGCAGUAAUCUGAAGAAGCGAGCCCUGGACCAACUCCGACUGGUAAAGCCUAAGCCUGUGGGGAGUCCUGCAGGGGACUGCCCGGAGCAGCUGCAGCUGGAGCCCUGCUCAGAGCCAGAGCGGAGCCUCAAACCCUACAGCCUGGUGCGACCACUGCUGGUGUCUGCUCUGCGACCCGUGGUGCUCUUGCCUGAGUGUCUGGCGCCCCGGCUCAUUCGUAACCUGCUCGACCUGCCCAGCUCCCGGCUAGACUUCCAUGUGUGCCCAGCGGAAAGCCUCUCUGGGGAGGAGCAGUGCACAUCCUCAGCCCCUGGGGCCCCCAAGGCCCGGCCUGCCACCCUUGGCCUGGGCAACAGGAUCCGCGCCAUCCAGGAAUCUGUCGGGAAGAAGCACUGCCUUCUGGAGCUGGGCGUGCGCGGCGUGCGGGAGCUGGUCCUGAAUGAAAUCUACCCCAUUGUCAUCCAUGUGGAGGUGACUGAGAAGAAUGUCCGGGAAGUCAGGGGCCUGCUGGGUCGGCCGGGCUGGCGGGACUCGGAGCUGGUUCGGCAGUGCCGAGGCUCCGAGCAGGUGCUGUGGGGGCUGCCCUGCUCCUGGGUGCAGGUGCCCACCGAUGCGUGGGCCCAUGCGGAGGAGCUGGCCAAGGUGGUGCGCGGCCGCAUUCUGCAGGAGCAGGCCCGCCUCGUGUGGGCUGAGUGCAGCAGCGGCAGCAGAGGCCGCAACGGCAGCAGCGAGGCCUGAGCAUCUCCCUUGGGUGCCCUGACGUCCUCCAGCACUUUGGAAGCUGCCAGGGGGGACUCUGGUGUCUGCGGUGGAACUGGAUUUCUCCAUCCUGAGCCUUCUAGGCCUUUGGGCUCUCAGACACCGGGCCCUGGGCCCUGAGCUCUCACCUGGGUUCAUCGCUGGUCCUGCUGAGGCUGUGGGAGCCUGGUGGCGAGAGCUUUUGCUGUCCGUUCUUGCUGCUCCGGGCCUUCUCCUGAGUCCCACUGCAUCUCCAUGUUCCCACGCGAGUCCUCAUCCUCUCCGUAACUGCCUCCCUGGAGCACCCGGGCUCUCAUAUGUGCACAUGUCUGCACACCCAGGUUCUCCUUGGGGCGGGCUCACGUUCUGUCCCCCACCCCCAGGCACACGAGCCCUCAUAGGGGUGUACCCCGUGUGUGCAGUUCUCAGUUUGCUCACGGGGUGGCAAGCCAGCUAACGUGUGAUGUCCCCCUGUGCGCACGCAAUCUUGUGGAUGCCUCCACGUGUGGGCGUCAUGGGCUCCCAUCCACGAUACUGCCACAGUACGUGCCCCUCGUGUCCUCUCCCGUGUGUGUCCUCUUAAACACGUGUCAGUGGUUCUCCUGUGUAAAUGUCAUGUCCCCACCCCUGUGACCUGUGCACUACCACGUGUGUGUUCCUGGUGAGCACAUGCAGGACCAUGUCUUCACGGCGCCCACUCUCUGCCCUGUGUCCUGCCUCUCUCGGGCAGCUGGGGAGGAGCCAGCUGCUCAACCACUGGAAUGUACCAGAAUGUAUGGCUCGUAGGUUACCGGGCCUUUUUCACUCAUAAGCUGCACAAAUAUGAACAUUAAACACU